AUGGCAAAUCUACGUUUAAUUGAUGAUGGUUUGCCGGUCCAGGUGGACGAUGAUGAAGAUUAUUUUCAGGAUAUCAAUCGGAGUCUUCAAAUGCAAAACAACCCUCACCACGCGAGAGCACAAUAUGUGCAUCCACGCAUGAAUAGGCCUAUUCAAAUAGGCGUGAGCCUGAUGAAUACGUCUGUCACGGAUAUGCUUACGAACACCUCCAAUUGGCGGGCCUGUGCUGUGAAGGUGGUGAACCAUACACGCUGGACACUGGAAAGUGCUGGGAUCUUUAUAAAAGGAGGACAUUCGAUUUCGGCUCAGCACAAUGUGGAACCAUUGACGGCUGAAGCUUUUGUAGCUGAAAAGACCAAAGGAACAGCGACCAGCUCUUAUGGGACUGCGUCCUUUUCGGUGCAAGGGCAAGGCAGACCUCGGUACAUUAAUAUCAUGUGGUCGGUCCCGUUCGAUCGCAACAUCUUCAAAAAUGUGCUCGGUAUUGAAGUUUCUCAAGAUUGUGGACCACAUGAUUUUGACCGUAUGUAUUACAGGCGCAACUUCCGGCAACAUUCGGUCACACGUGACUUUAAACGAAACUUAGUUCCCCUCCGUGUGCAGACCAACGAUUUGGCAGUCGUUGGUAGUAUGGGGAACGGCCCCAAAGUCGAAGCCCUGAUCAAUGUGUACGAGCAUUAGACAGGUGAUAUUAUUAGGGGUAUGGGCAAACAACAUUAUGGGUAAUGUUGCCUUUUGCUACCCACGUACCCUAUUCUCCUUGAGAAAAUGUUCAAGUGUCAGACACACUACGCAUCUCAGAUGCUCCUACUUUCGAUAAAAACACAUAUUAAGGCCAUCAUAAGGCAAUAAUAAAUUAGUCUGUCGUCAUUAUCAGGUCAAGUGGCAAGCUAUUGGUAUAAAUAAUAUACAUUAUCAACUAAAUGCAUAUUAACAUUGUACAUGGACAACGCACAUGUAGUUUUGACUGUGUCAACAUCAUCCUCGACUGAGG